AUGGAAUUUCAUAGACAACACCCUACUCGAAAAAACUGUUGUGCCUUUAACCACAAUAAGCGAAGAGUUAUGCCCAAGCGGAGAGGAAUUAUGAUUCAGAAGAAUGCCAAGCCAAAGCCGAAGAUAAAGGUUGAAAAGCAAAAUCUAUCAAACAUUCUCUCCCAAGGCGCCUCCAAGAAUAAACAAGAGAUGGAAGCCCUUCUUUCAACUCACGGAGGAGGUUUCAAAACCGAUUUUGGCCUUAGGGGAACUAUCGAUUUCGGAGAAGAAACUAAGAACGAUGGAUGGAACCGCCUCUUUGGGUACAUAAAUGGUACAAUCAAGGACGAGCGGAUAGAUGAUGCUAUCGAGCAGCGCAGACUUUUUAAGGAUCAAAAACAUUUCCCGAAAAAGAAGCUUGAACCAAUCAACCCGAAAAUUCCAACAUCUCCAGAAAGUCUCACUGAUAUUACCAAGGUCUUUUUGGAUAAGAUGAAACAACAAAAGAAGACUAAGAAAACAAAGAAGAUUAAGCAAAUAAAAUUAGUGAAAAAUUUCAAACAGAAGAAGAAGGUAACAAGAAACCGGCCUGACUUUGUAACUCCACCUCCAAAGCUGAAUAAUACUCUGAAUAUCCAAUAUUGAGAAGAACCUGAAACUAAUUAUAAGCAUAAGAGGAAUCUGAACAAUCUUAAGGAAUCUAUCAGUAAGCUGAGUACAGAUUUUAACAACGACAGGAUGAUGUUCCAGAGCAUGAUAAAGAGCACUACUAAGAAGAGGAACCCUCAGUUCUUCAACCAACAGUAUUUCAAAAGUAUUGAUGCAGCUGCCAAUAAUGAAGAAAUGCUUCCCUCUAUCCAUGCCAGUUCUAAUGUUAAAAGAUUUCCAGUCAAAAGUCCGGUGAUGGAAUCUAUCAGAGCUAGUAGGAAUCUUGGCGCUAAGAACUUCAUGAGUGCUCAAAGAGUUGAUUCACCCUCGAAAUAUAGCUCUGAUGAUGAUGUAUCACAAGUCAGUAAAGUCUCCAACAUGAGAAAGAGCUACAUUAGAGCCAGGAAGAACAAACUGAACACAUCUACUCUCAACAAGGGUACCUUCUUUGUUCACAAGAGGGAGAAAAGCGCUAAACCGGCUGAGAAACACCAAAGUGUGAUCAGAGCUUCUACCUUCCUUAAUAACUCUGUCAUAUUCAGCAGCAUUAAUAAGAAUCCGAAGAAGAAAGAAUCAGAAGCUAGGAAGAGCAAAAAUGUAUUUUCUGAUAGGAGGACUUCUAAAUCUUUUGUCGAGAAAGUAGGGUUUAAUAACCACCUUGCUGUGAACAAUCUUCAACAAUCUUACAUUAUGAAUCCCUGAAUCGAGAGCAAAGAGGGAUCAGAAGAUUUCGGAGACUUUGGAGAUGUCAUGGAGCAUGACAUAAUUACCUCCCAGAAUUUUUCCGGCAGGCAGAAAAGAGGAGUUUCUCUCAAAUCUGACGGUAAGGCCUACUCAAAGCAGAACACAGACGAAAAUAAAAGAAGAUGUACUACCAAAGCUGGCACCAAUGAUGGAGGACCGGGUGAGAGAGGGGUCUUGACUACAAGUCCUGAAGAUCAUCUUUCCGAUAACUAUUGUAUUUCCCCCGAUCAUAGCAACUCCUAAAUAACCCUAUAAUAUCUGAUUUUCCGCUAAUAAAGUGAUAAAGAUGACUUUAUGCAUUUGGCUAACUAUUAGACUCUGGCUGGCGAAGCCAACACUCCAGGCCCAACCCUUUUCCAUUCCAAUAAGCAUCUCAUCU